UCCAGGCUUCCCCUCCUGUCUACAUCUUGCACAGAAAGGUCGGAGUAUUCUUGCUUGAGUGUUUCCAUCAGGCAGAAUGGAAGAUGAGGAGGGUCCUGAGUAUGGCAAGCCUGACUUUGUGCUCUUGGACCAAGUAUCCAUGGAGGACUUCAUGAAGAACCUGCAGCUCAGGUUUGAAAAAGGCCGCAUCUACACCUACAUCGGUGAGGUACUGGUGUCCGUGAAUCCCUACCAGGAGCUGCCUCUAUAUGGGCCUGAGGCCAUUGCCAGGUACCAGGGCCGAGAGCUCUACGAGCGACCACCUCACCUCUAUGCUGUAGCCAAUGCUGCCUACAAGGCGAUGAAGCGCAGGUCCAGGGAUACCUGCAUCGUCAUCUCAGGGGAGAGUGGGGCAGGGAAGACAGAAGCCAGCAAGCACAUCAUGCAGUACAUCGCUGCUGUCACCAAUCCAAGCCAGAGAGCUGAGGUGGAGAGGGUUAAAGAUGUACUGCUCAAAUCCACCUGUGUGCUAGAGGCCUUUGGCAAUGCCCGCACCAACCGCAAUCACAACUCCAGCCGCUUUGGCAAGUACAUGGAUAUUAACUUUGACUUCAAGGGAGAUCCUGUUGGAGGACACAUCYACAGUUACCUGCUGGAAAAGUCCAGGGUCCUCAAACAGCAUGUGGGCGAAAGGAACUUCCAUGCAUUCUACCAGUUGCUUAGGGGCUGUGAGGACCAAGAGCUACAAGGACUGUACCUGGAGAGAAACCCUGCUGUGUAUAAUUUCACACGCCAGGGAGCCGGGCUYAACGGCUUGGACAGUGAUGAGAGGAGCCACCAGGCAGUAACUGAGGCCAUGAGGGUCAUUGGCUUCAGUCCUGAGGAGAUGGCAUCAGUACACCGCAUCCUGGCUGCCAUAUUGCACCUGGGAAACAUCGAGUUCAUGGAGAGAGAAGAAGAUGGGCCACAGAAAGGGGGCCUAGCAGUGGCUGAGGAGGCAUUGGUGGACCAUGUGGCUGAGCUGACUGCCACCCCCAGGGACCUGGUGCUCCGCUCCCUGCUGGCUCGCACUGUGGCUUCUGGAGGCCGGGAACUCAUAGAGAAAGGCCAUACUGUGGCGGAGGCCAGCUACGCCCGGGAUGCCUGUGCCAAGGCAGUCUACCAGCGACUGUUUGAGUGGGUGGUGGACAGGAUCAAUGGUAUCAUGGAAGCCCGGGGCCGUGACCCUCGUCGUGAUGGCAAGGACACAGUCAUUGGUGUGCUGGACAUCUACGGCUUUGAGGUGUUCCCUGUCAACAGCUUUGAGCAGUUCUGCAUCAACUACUGCAAUGAGAAGCUGCAGCAGCUCUUCAUCCGGCUCAUCCUGAAGCAGGAGCAGGAAGAGUAUGAGCGUGAGGGCAUCACCUGGCAGACUGUCGAAUACUUCAACAAUGCCACCAUCGUGGAGCUGGUGGAGCGGCCCCAUCGAGGCAUCCUGGCUGUGCUGGAUGAGGCCUGCAGCACUGCGGGACCCAUCACUGACCGAAUAUUCCUGCAGACCCUGGACACACACCAUCGCCACCAUCCACACUAUUCCAGCCGCCAGCUUUGCCCCACUGACAAGACAAUGGAGUUUGGCCGAGAUUUCCGGAUCAAGCAUUAUGCAGGAGAUGUCACGUACUCUGUGGAGGGCUUCAUUGACAAGAACAGAGACUCCCUCUUCCAGGACUUCAAGCGGCUGUUCUACAAUAGCUCAGAUCCCACAUUGCGGGCUAUGUGGCCAGAUGGACAGCAGGACAUCACAGAGGUAACCAAGCGCCCCCUGACAGCUGGCACACUAUUCAAGAACUCCAUGGUGGCCCUAGUGGAGAACCUGGCCUCCAAGGAACCCUUCUAUGUCCGCUGCAUCAAACCCAAUGAGGACAAGGUGGCUGGAAGGCUGGAUGAGGACCACUGCCGCCACCAGGUCGCAUACCUGGGGCUGCUGGAGAAUGUGAGAGUCCGCAGGGCUGGCUUUGCUUCCCGCCAGCCAUACUCUCGAUUUCUCCUCAGGUACAAGAUGACCUGUGAGUACACAUGGCCCAACCACCUGCUGGGYUCUGACAAGGCGGCUGUGAGCGCCCUCCUGGAGCAGCACAGGCUACAAGGGGAUGUGGCCUUUGGCCACAGCAAGCUGUUCAUCCGCUCACCCAGGACGCUGGUCACACUGGAGCAGAGCCGAGCCCGCCUCAUCCCCAUCAUUGUGCUGCUGCUACAGAAGGCAUGGAGAGGUACCCUGGCUAGAUGGCGCUGCAGGCGGCUGCGAGCCAUCUACACUAUCAUGCGCUGGUUCCGGAGGCAUAAGGUGCGUGCUCACUUGGCAGAGCUGCAGCGGAGGUUUCAGGCUGCACGGCAGCCCCCACUCUAUGGCCGGGACAUUGAGUGGCCGCUGCCCCCUGCUGUGUUGCAGCCCUUCCAGGACACCUGCCACAUGCUCUUCUGCAGGUGGCGGGCCCGGCAGCUGGUAAAGAACAUUCCACCUUCAGAUAUGGCUCAGAUCAAGGCCAAAGUGGCUGCCAUGGGGGCCCUACAGGGUCUACGUCAGGACUGGGGCUGCCAGAGAGCCUGGGCUCAAGACUACCUGUCCUCUGGCACUGACAACCCCACAGCCGCAGGCCUGUUUGCUCAGCAACUGAAGACCCUUCGAGAGAAGGAUGGCUUUGGGKCUGUGCUCUUUUCUAGCCAUGUCCGUAAGGUGAACCGCUUCCGCAAGUGCCGGGACCGGGCCCUUCUGCUUACAGACCGGCACCUCUACAAACUGGAGCCUGGCCGUCAGUACCGGGUAAUGCGGGCUGUGCCCCUGGAUGCGGUGACAGGGGUGAGUGUGACCAGUGGACGGGACCAGCUGGUGGUACUGCAUGCCCGGGGCCAUGAUGACCUCGUGGUAUGUCUGCAUCGCUCCCAGCCACCUCUGGACAAUCGUAUCGGGGAGCUGGUGGGUGUACUGGCUGCACACUGCCAGAGGGAGGGAAGAAACCUAGAGGUCCGUGUCUCUGACUGCAUUUCACUGAGCCAGCGUGGGGCCCAACGCCUUGUUUCCGUGGAGUCCAGGCCAGAGCAACCAGAACCAGAUUUCUGCUGUAGCCGUGGCAACUUUACCCUCCUCUGGCCAAACUGCUGAUUCAGCCUGAGCUGGCCUGUCCUAGUCUCCGUGCAGUUUCUCACACUUGGCCCUGGCCACACUGAAGGCCAGGACUCACCUACCCCU